CGAAAGGGUCAGUCACCACGCAGUUGUUUGGAGCGGUUUCUCAAUCGAUCGUAAAACGAUAACGGCAAAAAUAACGCCACAAACAAGAACCACUGGAUGAAUGUUUACCUACAAUCAGCAGAAACCAAACUACAUCUUGUCGUUUGUUAGCGUGCAGCUUGUCAACCCCUCAGUACUGAAGAUGGAUUCAGAGUCUAAAACUCUAAACCUGGGAAAGAGCCUUGUCCAUACAUCAUUGGAGUAACGUGAAGGGCAGGCUCACAGACAGCGGGGAGCUAAGAUGGGGCCAUGUUCCCUGGCAGAGUUCCAUACACAGCUCACCCUCCCACUGGAACGCCUGAUUCCAGUUCAGCCCUUUACAAGACAUGCCAGGACCCUUUGUGUGCCAGGCUGGGCUGGGUGUGCGGGCAGAGCGGGACUGCUUCCUCGAGAUGUCAUUAUUGCUGGGGAAAUUGCCACUCUUGUCAGAGGCUGCAGCUGGGUGACGCCAUCAAUAACAGGAUGUUAAUGCUAGACGGAAUGCCUGCAGUCCGAGUCAAAGCAGAACCUCUGGAAUCUGAGAGAGGGUCACCCAAAGUGCACGGCUAUCCUGAUAUGGAGACUGUGCCGCUCCUGCUCAGCAAAGUGAAGGCGGAACCUCCAGAAGACCUGCUCUCAUCCGAGCAGUUCCAGACCCAGACAGAGCCUGUAGACCUGUCCAUCAACAAGACAAGGACGUCAUCUCCUUCCUCCAACACCUCACCCGUUACCUCAGCCUUCUCUCCAUCUUCAUCAUCGUCAUCCUCACCUUCCGUCAUCACCUCAGUCUCCUCGGGAAUGCCCUCUGUUUUGACACCCGGGCCCUUGGUGGGCUCUUCUCAUGGAGUUAGAGGCCAGCAAUUUUUGCACAUCAUCCACCCCGUCCCCCCUUCCAGCCCCAGUAAACUUCCCAGCCAGGUGCACCGUAUCCCUGUUGUGGUGCAGUCGCUGCCGCUCAUGUACACCACAGCCGUUCGCUCCCCUUCAACCCUCAACUCCACCAUCAUGUUACCUCUCCUGGACGAGGCCAAGUUCCACGGUAAAGCACAAACAGACCCCAAUGGCCUGUCGCCAAGACUAAUCAAAAGUGACAGUGAUGAUGACGACCUGCCAAACGUGACCUUGGACAGUGUUAAUGAAACAGGAUCCACGGCGCUGUCUAUAGCACGAGCAGUCCAGGAUUCCAUGUCACCAUUCAGUAUUGAGAGCAUUCGACGGCCACAGCCCCCUGAAUCUCCAGACUCCAAGAAAAGACGCAUUCACAGAUGUGACUUUGCAGGCUGUAAUAAAGUUUAUACCAAGAGCUCCCAUUUAAAGGCACACCGGAGGACACACACAGGUGAGAAGCCAUACAAGUGCACCUGGGACGGUUGCACAUGGAAGUUCGCCCGCUCGGACGAGUUGACACGGCAUUAUCGUAAACACACAGGGGUCAAACCCUUUAAGUGCGGGGACUGCGACCGAAGCUUUUCCCGCUCAGACCAUCUGGCCCUGCACCGUCGCAGACACAUGCUGGUUUGAAGCCACCCACUCACUCACUCGCACACACGGGAGAGCUGGAUCUCCCCCAAUAAUGUUCAGCUGGGCUGGACAAAGAAACGGCCAUCCCUGCCCCUGAGAGUGAGGAUAAAAGAGCAAGCGAAGGAGGAGUAUGAUGCUUUCCCCACAUUUGCAGAGCUAAACAGGGUCCAUUCAGGGAGGGAGGAGGCUCAUCUACAGGCCUGAAACAUUUGGAGUCCAGGAUCUUGAUCGUCUCGUGUCUGUUCAAAGGAUUAUUUCACUCGGACAAACGGUUUGUUUUCUGAUUUUCCUUUCUGAAUCAUCCGUGUGGUCUGUUUUAAUAUGGCUGCUUCUCACUCAACAUCUACAAUGUAAAGAAACGCAGAGUGGAAUGGCUUUAUGUGUUGUUCUGACAGAUGCAAAAGGGGAGCGUGACCGUAAAUGGUGUGCUUGCACAAUUUUUUACAUUUACCUUUUUGCGGAACAUCAAGAGCCAGAAGUAUGAGAAGGAUUAAGCAGAUCUUCUAAUGAUGAAGACUUUGGGCCAGUGAUUCCAGAGGUUUCCAAGGUUGCCAUUUACAGGUUAACACACCAGCGAAUGAGAUUACACAACAACAUGUUCAUUUUGGGUCACAAUAUCUUCUGUUCCUCACAAUUGUUGAUUUUAAACCGAAAUUGAUUGAAUUUUAUUAACAGACAAAGUAUAGGUGGGCUUCUGCAGUCUACUCUCCACAUUUGUUAUCAUUUUAUCACAUUGACUCGCUAAUUAGGAAAAUAUGUGUAAAUCUGGAUAAUGAGGGUCUACUCAGACAGGUAACUCGAGGCAGAAGAGCAAUAUACUUAUUCCGAGCACCACUGGGGUGAGUUCCUGGCCUGGUCCUCACCCAUACACAUGGUCAAAACUCUGGAUUUCUACCAGUGCCGCUUUGUUUUCUAUCAUUCAGAUACCUCUUCUAUUUAUAGUGGAUUUCUAGCGGAGGUGUAAUCUUUCACAACUUUCUAGGAUAUGCUGAGGAAAUCUCUUGAAUGUCCUCUGUUUUCUUCUCCUUUUGUGAGAUUGCUUUUGAACUAUGAAGCCUGAUGUCAGUUAUGGUCAGUGGAUUUGUUCUUCACUUUGUAUUUAUGAAGUGUCUUUGCAAACAUCAGUGUAUCCAUUUACUAAUUAUUUCCAUAACACUUCAGUUAGUUAAUGCAUUUGGUAACAUUGAACUAACAAUGUACAUUACCAUUCAGAAGUUUCAGAAAAUUCAAAAUUUUGAAAAGUUUUUGAAAAGUCUUAUAUGUUUACCAAGGCUGCAUUUAUUUGAUCAAAUAUACAGUAAAAAGAAUAAUAUUAUGAAUGAAUAUGACAAUUUAAAACAACUGUUUUCUAAUUUAAAUAAUCAUAUAUUUACAUAUAACAUACAUUUUUAUAUUCAUUUAUUCUUAUAAUGGCAAACCUGAAUUUACAACAGCCAUUACUCCAGUCCUUUUAACAUUUCCUAUUAACAGCUGUACUUAAUAUUUUUGUGGAAACCAUGAUACAGUAUUCUUUAAUGAAUAGAAAGUGGUUUAUUUGAAAUUAGAAAUUUCUUGUAUAACAUUAUAAAUCAAUUACUGUCAAAUUUGAUCAAUUUAAUGCUUCCUUUAUGAAAAAAAGUGUUAAUUAUUAAAAAUAAAAUAAAACUUUAUGACCCCAAAAUUUAGAAUGUACAAGCAUUUAUAUACUAUAAUUUUAUUCAUGAUAUAUUACACUAUUCACCUUUGUUCAUCAUGCUUGAAUGUUAGUCAACACUUGAAAUGUUUAAAUGUAGGCUGUUGGUGUAUUGGUUAGGUCAUGAUACCUAAUGCAUUAAUAAUGUUAAUGAAUCCAACUUUAAUGUGAAGUGUUACCAAUUUUCCACCCACAUAUAUCAAUUGAACAAUCUCCAAAGUCACCAGUAGAGAGCAGCCAGUGAGCUGGAUUACAAAGGGAUCCCUGAUAGGCUCUCUUAGUGUUUUUCUUCUUUUUUCUCUCUCUGUUUUUUACAUUUUCUUUAUGCAUUCUAAUGUUGGAGAUGUUACAAAGUGAUUCAAAUAUUUACUGAGCCAUAUCUGUUGAUAUUAGAAUCUGUUCUAAUGUUUAUUUAAGAAAUUUCUCCUAUCUAUCUAUCUGUCUGUUGUUCGUUCUGUUGUUUUAUUCUUCUAGCAUUCUACGAGAGAUUUCUUAACUUAAACAUACAGUAUAUAUAGACACACACUACACUAAGAUACUCAAAAAAGCAAUAUGCCGCACUUGUGUGAAUACAGCUAAUUCUUUUACAUACUGUACGCAGAUAAAUUCACUGUAUGUUCCACGCUGUGCCGUUCACAUUAAGGUCGAGGUUUUCACUAAGAUGUGUAAGUUCUGUUUUUUGUUUUUCUGUCUGUUUUUUGGUCUUCUGUCCCUGUGAUCCAUAUUAUGCACUUUCAAGUGGCCACAGAAAGCCUUGUGACCGCUUUUCAGAUGAUUAGAUAUUACUAGAAUUUACAUCGACUUUACGGUCUGCCUGUGCAUGCAGGGGUGAUCAAACAUGCUCACUAAAUCUACAAUCAGUUACAGUUGCUGGGGCAUGUAGGGACUUUUCGUCACCGACAAAAGGAAACAAAAGUCAAAUGCUGUGAAAGGAAACGUAUCAAUAGAAACAUUCAUUACUUAGUAACCGUUUGUCCGUUAGAGAUGACCAAUCCAUUUCUAACAUUGUUUGUUUGUUUAUUCUGAAGUAUUAUGAUGCACCAUGUUUUAUGUUCCUCACUAUGUAUUUGUGUACACGCGUGUGUAUCCUGUUGUAUAUGGGCUUGAACAUAACAUGAGCACCUUGUUUUUAUGAAGUAUGGAAGUAAUUAUUUUAAGAUAGACGUGACAUUAAUCACCAAUGUAUCUUAUCAUCAUAUUCUGUAUUUUGAAGCGUGUCUGUAAUGUGAGGCACUUCAUCUGCAUAUGACUAUUUUCUGUACAAAAAAAUACUUUUAAAGAUGUUGUAAUAUAUGUGAAAGUGAAAAGAUAUUGCUCAGUUUUACAGGCUGUAAAUACCUAUUAAAAUAGGGCUUUUUUAAAAAAUACAAGGGAUUAUCUUUAUACGUAAUAUGCAGAUUUUUCAGAGACAUUCAUUCAGCUAAUAUAAUAAAAAAAUAUUCAACUGUUCAGUGUUUGAGAAAAAUGAAGGCUUGUCAUCUUAAAGGGAAACUUCAGCCAAAAAUGUGUCAUUGUUUAUUCACCCUCAUGUCACCCUCAUUUUUUCUGAGAAGCACAAAAGAAGAUAUUUUGAAGAAUUUUGUUUUGACACUUUUAGGACAAAAACAAGGUUUGUUGUGUUUUACAAAAGAAAGACAUUGAAGGUGAGUAAAUGAUGACAGAAUUUUCCAUUUUUGGCUGAACUGUCCCUGUGAACGCACAUGUAGGGCCGGUCUAAGUGAAACCGGUAGCAGUUGCAUGCAGUUUUAAUGAACAAUCAAAUCAAAUGUUCAGCUCAUAUUACAGUAUUCGGGCGGUGCUGCCUCAUUUUUAGCAAUUUCAAUGUUUUUAUACUGACUCUAAAAAUGUGAAUAAAGCAGAAACAACCCAAUGAAACGAGCGUUUCCAACAGUAUUCAAGAGUCAUGAUGAGCAACCAAUAUACAAGUAUAGACACCGUCAAGAUUUCAUUUCUUUAAAAACUAAAAAAAAGAAAAAGAAAGGGUUGUUUUACUCAAUUCUGCAUUACUUUCCCUUCCCUUUGGCAUUCUUAUGUUUUUUGUGACAUAAUUUUGUAAAGGCAAACAGGGUCAAAGUUAUGCAAUAAUGACGAGUGCCUAGUAUUAAGAUUUUCACGGUUUCCCUGGUUUAUUAACCCAGACAUGACACAAAGAUCUGUUUCUUUGAAAUGCACUGAGCCUUAUGAACCAUUUUGAAGCUGUAAAUAUCCCGGUUGGUGUUUCUUGAACAUUCUUUAUGUGUCUCCUAUGGAAGCUGCAUAAGAUUUAUAUGGUGGUCCUCACCUGAAGGACACAUUUGCUUAAUUAACAGGACUCUGGUUUACCUCUAACUUUAUAAAAUCGUGUGAACUUCUCAUGCGUCCCCAGUCAUGGAAAUUGAGCAGACGCAGGAAAUAUUCUGAAUGUUAAGACACUGGUGGUACGGCAUAAUUCCUCCGUGAACAGCAUUUCCCCCCUUGAGUCUCUGUAAAAUAUUGCCUUUGUUUAUGUAUUUACUUUACUUUCUUUGGAAUCAAGUAUUUACUCAAUGGCCUUUGUUUCUUGUUUUGCUGAUAUUCUGUAAUUAUCUUUCUUGUAUUUAUGUAUAGUGUGUGUAUUGUAAAUAUAUUCAGAGCUUUUUUCCCCUUUUUUUUGGUUUUACUGUAAAGUUGUGAUAUUUUACCCUGCUACACUUCAAAGGGAUAUCUUUCCCAUUGGAUCCUGUUGGAGGUUGUCAUGUCCCAAUCGUUUCAGAGGUUGACAGUGUUUCAGCUUUAUUUUGCUUCUCCAGAAGUUGUCUAAAUAUUCUGUGCUUUUUGCUAUUCUCUGUAUUUUCUUUUCUUUUUUUUUUUUUUUCAGAAGAUUGAGCUGUGAAUUGAAAUUGAGGUUACACAUUAUACUUGUUUGAUAAUCUAAUCGGAGGCAUGGAAGUUAAUAAACUUGCAUUUUGUAUGGAA